UCUUAUGGUCACAUGACGAGACGUUCAACUGUGGGAGAAGCACAGCGAAAGCAGGAGGCCGCGGUUUGUUCAAUUUGAAGACAAAUCUCUGUAAAUCGCCCUCUUGGGGAGCAAGACAAGGCGCUUGAGGUCGCACUGCUCGCCGCCGGUUUCCCCACGAAGAGCCAACAUGACGGCGUCGGUGUUUUUCGGCUGCACCUUCAUCGCCUUCGGCCCGGCCAUCGCUCUGUUCCUGUUUACCAUCGCCCGGGAGCCGCUGAGGGUCAUUUUCCUCAUAGCAGGAGCGUUUUUCUGGCUGGUGUCUCUGCUGCUGUCCUCUCUGGUGUGGUUCAUCUCAGUUCAGAUCAGUAAUAAGGACAGCGAGGUGCAGCAGAAAGGUCUGCUCAUCUUCGGCGUGGUGCUGUCUGUCCUGCUGCAGGAAACCUUCCGCUUCGCUUACUACAAGCUGCUGAAGAAAGCGAAUGAAGGCCUCCUCGCUCUCAGUCAGGAGGAAACCAUGCCCAUCUCCAUACGGCAGCUGGCCUACGUGUCUGGCCUCGGCUUCGGCUUCAUGAGUGGAGCGUUCUCGGUGGUGAACAUCCUGGCUGACUCUGUAGGACCAGGGACUGUUGGAAUCCACGGAGACUCACAGCACUACUUCCUGUCCUCAGCCUUCAUGACCAUGGCCAUCAUCCUGCUUCACAUGUUCUGGGGCGUCGUCUUCUUUGACGCUUGUGAGAAGCAGCGCUGGUGGGCGGUGGCUGCUGUUGUCGUCAGCCACCUUGUGGUGUCCUGUCUGACCUUUCAGAACCCAGAGUACGUCGCCAGUCUCGUUCCCACCUACAUCAUCAUGUUCCUGAUGGGCGUCUGGGCGUUUUACUCCGCCGGCGGCUCGCUCAGGAACCUCAAACUCUGCCUCACCUGCAAAGACAAGGACUUCCUACUCGCCAACCACCGGCCCAGAUAACGCAGCAUGUCAGGAAGCGUGCAGGACUCUAUCCAAAUAUCCCCGAGUUCACACACACAUGUACACACACGUACACACACACACACUGAGCAGAAGGAAUGAGGAGUGAUAACCCCGUGUUACUCUGCUGUUUCUUAGGUGGAAGUUUCUCAGUUUGUUUGUAAUUUAAUUUACACGUAAAGAAACGGUUUUAUUCCAAAAUAACGAAAUGUCCUUAUUUGGCCUCCUGUUCUUUCCCUGAUGCUCUAAAGAAACAGCAGAUGAACAAACAUGACCACACACUUUACAUUCUUCACGUUCUUCUUUUCAACUUGUCUGACAGCUGUCCUCCUCCAGAUGUGUCAAAUCUUUCUGAGGGUGGAUUUAUCAUUCAUGAACAAAGCUCUUUGUGUAUAUAUUAAUGCUUUAUUGAAUUUCCCUGAUCUGUAGAUAGUAAGAGGUUUUUACCUUUUUUUUUUUUUUUUUCCAAGUUGUGAUAAACCUUCUUUGGUCUGUGUAAGAAGUUGCCUUUGGUCCAUCAUGAGCGCAGAUUUACAGAAGCUGUAGAGACGUGAUGGGUAUUUAUUUAUUUUAACCCACAAGCCCGAGGCUUCAUUAUUUCUUUGGGACAUAAAUCAAACCAUCAUGACUUGUGAUGGUAAAUCAUUUUACUUCUAAACAAAUUUUUUGAUUCCACGCUUGAGUCUAAAUCAAACGUCACAGCAGCUAAUUUGAAGGUUAAACGCAGAGAUGUUCCAUGUCAGUGAAUUCAGUUUGGGUGCUUUUCUGUUUUAUUAUUUUUCCUCCUGUAUUAUCUCAGACUGUCUCAGCACACCCGCUGCAUGUCACUGCUGUAUUCACAGGUUUUAUCCCACUGCUGUUUCCACUCUGAGAGGUGAGCAGCUCAAACUGACAGUGAAACUAAACCGGAGACAAACAGAGGAGGAAAAAUACACCGAUCAAGAUUUUCAGAUUAUUGUCUGUUGAUCUUUCAAAGAUUCUAACGGUCUUAUAUUAACACGCUUGAGUUGUGUAACAACUCUGCUCUCAGCUUUCUUACUGAUUAGCGUACAGUGUAUAGAGUUUUUUUUUAUUCUCCUGUGUGCACACAAACUCAGCAUUGUAAAUUCAUAACUAAGAACAUAAUCAGGCUGAAGUGUUUGCUCAGUGAUUCUUUGAAUGUUCAGUUUCUUUGUUGCCUUUCUUUAUGUUUUAGUCGCGAGCACAGACGUUUGUGUGAACAAUGUUUUAGAAAUUCCGCACAAUGAAUGUUUUGUUUGCAGCUGAUUUUUUUGUUUUGCUGUUGAUCUCCAUGUACAGUUUGUACGCUCCGCGGCGUUCGGCCAUGAUGGGAUGGAUGUUAGCAACGAGUUAAACAUGUGAACUGUAA